CAAAGGACGGUCUGCGCUGGAAGCGGCGCACCUGCUCUCGUCAACGUGUCGGCCAAUGUAGCGACUGCCCAGCAAGUCGUGGCUGAAAUAAGUGGCGCGGUUCAAGAGGAGCGGACCGUUUCGUGUUGUGUGAAGGGCGCCAAGAGGUCCAGCGCCUCGCCGUUAGCAGUUAGCAUGGCCAGGAGGAAACAGCACGCGCCUAAGCGCGCGGCAGCCUAUGAAUCGGAGGAUGUUAAGGAGCCUGACAUGCAAAGUGAAGUCAUGGAAAGACAACACUCAACAACUUGGGGGGAAACACUGGACAACAAUGAUUACUAUAAAAAGGAGUAUCUCUUCCAAAAUUCAAAAGAAGAAGGCUGCACCUCUGCUGCUGAUUUUUCAGAGAAGGACAGUGAAUCACCCAGUCUUGAGUCAAAUAAACCCACUUCUGAUUUUGAAAGCACUUACAUCAAAAAUAAGGACGAACCUGUGAAAGACAGUCAUAAUGGGGGAUCUGAGAGGUUGGUGUGUGGGUCAGAUAGUUUGGAACAGAUAAAGGCCAUUUAUAAAAGUUUUCUCUCUAACUCCUAUUGGUCCUCACUAAGUCUGAAUCCUUCUCAACCAUGUGCAGAGAAAACAUCUGACAUUAGCAGCUGCAGUAGCAGCAGCAACAGCAGCCCUGGAGGCGAGUGCUUUGACUGGCACCAGUCUGCAAUCGCAAAGACCUUGCAACAGGUUUCUGAAAAACAGCUUCAUCCAGCAAUGGAGCCAAGUCUUUUUAGCACUGUCCAGCUCUACCGCCAAAGUGCUAAACUUUAUGGGUCUAUUUUUACUGGUGCAAGCAAGUUCCAUUGUAAAAGCUGUAGUGCAUCUUAUGACACGCUGGUUGAUCUAACAGUUCACAUGAGUGACACUGGACACUAUCGAGAUGACAACCAUGAGAGGGCUGGAAAAGGUGCGAAGACUUGGUCCAAGCCACGUAAACGUUCUUUACUGGAAAUGGAGGGGAAGGAGGAUGCCCAGAAGGUUCUCCGUUGUAUGUACUGUGGGCACUCUUUUGAGUCUUUGCAAGACCUCAGUGUGCAUAUGAUCAAGACUAAACACUACCAAAAAGUGCCUCUGAAAGAACCUGGAACAUCCAUUGGCAGUAAAGUUAUCUCUUCUUUUAAAAAAAGAGUACCAGUGGAAGUAGACCUAACUAAAUUGAAUGGUGCAGAGCAAAAAAGAUCUUCUAAAGGGACUCAGGUAAAUGAUAAUUGUCCCAACGUUUCUGAUAUUAAUAAGAAAGACGUUCUUGCAGACCACAAUGGGGUGAGCAGUGCCUUUCAGCUUAAAUCUCAGAUUUUGAGAUGCACGGAGUGCAGGAGUUCCUAUGAAUCUUUACACCAGUUAACUGCCCACAUUAUGCUAACGGGUCACUUUGUCAGAGCCAGCAACUCUCUUCAAACAACAGACAAAUGCCUUUCAGAACAGCCACUCUUGCCUACUAAAGUUAAAACGAGUGAUGAGAAGAUCCAAACAGAGACACAAGACCCUUCUGCAUCUUCCCCAACUGGAAUCACACGUGAGCCACCAUGUUCCCCUUCUGCCGUUCAAAACAAUGCUAAGGAUGAAAUUCAGGGGAAGAUAUUACUGAAAGAAGACAUUUGCAGAGAACCAGCUAUUGAGAAUGAUGCAGGUGAGAGAUAUAAUGUAUCUUCAAAAUUUGAUUACCUUACUGAGGAAGAUCUGAAAGAGAGUCCAAAAGUGAACCUUGAUAUCCUCAAGUCAUUGGAGAAUACUGUUACAUCUGCAAUCAACAAAGCACAGAAAGGUACACCAAGCUGGGGAGGAUACCAGAGCAUUCAUGCUGCUUAUCAGUUACAAAAUAACAUGAGGCCUUCUCUCUAUAACCCAGGGCGUGUUUCCUCCAUACAACACCUGGUGCAUGGUAUGGAAGUUCAGCAGUCAGAUAAAUGUCAACUAAUCAUCUCUCCAAACCCCCCACAGAGAGCUCCUUCACCCACAGUGAACCUGCAUGCAAUGGAGGAGCUGGUGAAGAAGGUAACAGAUAGGGUUGUUGAGGAACAGAAGAAAAAUACUGAUGAGCAAGUUUUUUUACAAAGGCAGGUCAUAACCUCACCUUCUAGAAGUGCAGACAGGAAAUCAUCAGCAUCCAGUUCCCCAAUAGUUGAGAGUCGUGAAACACUAAGUGAUACAGAUACUAAGGUUGCUGACCCUGAAAAUAACACAGACGAGAAGAGUCCAAUAAAAUGUACAGACAGUUUUGCACAGCCCCCUGCCUCUUCUCUAUCAUUGUGUGAUGAUAAUGCUGUAAUAACCAGUCACCCAGAGCCAAAACAACCCUUUGUUAGUCCUUUGAAUGCCCUUCAGUCAGUAAUGAAUCUUCAUUUAGGUAAAGCGGCCAAACCUGUGAAGCCAGUCCAGGACCCUAUGUGUAUGCUUCUCAAGAUGAGCAACACCAUGGCAGAGAGGGCUGCAGUGGCUGCACCUCCAAUGCCAAGCUCAAAACUGGAGCCAUUAAAUCCAGAUUUUCAUCAGAUUGACAAAGACCAACCAAUAGAUUUAUCCAAAGGCAGAAAGAGGCAGUGUUUAGCGACUGCUUCUCUCCCAGGAAAGGUGCUAAACUCUUGUUUGCCUGGUAUGACCAGAACUGAUUUAUCAAAUAUUCUAUGCACUCCAGGCAGCCCAGUGCAUGAGAGUGCCCUCUCAGACAUAUCAGACAUGCUACGGAACUUGUCAGACAGCCACGUCUCAAAGCCCCCAACACCUUCCCAUAAAGUAGAGCGGUCAGAGAUUGAAGGUGCACACACCCCAGAUGAGGGCGACGAUGCAUCCAUGGUGCACAAACGUAAGGGCAGGCAAUCACAUUGGAAUCCUCAACACUUGCUGAUUCUGCAGGCCCAGUUCACAUCCUGCCUUAGAGAGACAGCUGAUGGGAAGUAUGUCAUAUCGGACUUGAGCCCCCAAGAAAGGAUGGUCAUCUCGCGCGUUACAGGUCUUUCCAUGACAACCAUCAGCCACUGGCUAGCCAAUGUGAAAUAUCAGUUGAGACGAACAGGUAGGACCAAGUUUCUGAAAAAUGUUGACUCUGGUCACCCAGUUUUCUUCUGUAGUGAAUGUGCCAUACAAAUCCAGUCUCGGUCAACAUACCUCUGUCACCUUGAGUCACAUCUCGGUUUUCGAAUGCGGGACUUGGCAAAGUUUUCUUGUGAGAACAUUAGCAAGAAGAUUCCAAGGCAUUCAAAGGACUUAUCCCAAAAACAUGUUGUGUCUCCCCUCUCACCUGCUACAGGUCCAGAACAGUUGUAUCCAGUGUAAGCACUGUAUAUGGGUCCUAAAUUU